GAUCCCCAGUACCCUGGGUGGGUUUAUACGGUAGUAGCAGGCUGGGGGAGUGUAGCUCAGUGGUAGAGCACCUCCCCUAGCAUACUCAGGCCCUGGGUUCCAUCCUCAGCACUGCAAAAAAAAAAAGCCUAACAGAUUUCAUCUUUUUUUGUUGUAUCCAUGUGGGAUAUAUUUGUUGUAGCUGUGAACCUCCUCUGGCUUCAGGAAGAAUAUUAACCAACCAUUUGGGUGAAGGGUGACUUUCCCUGGACAGAGCAAGAAUCACUGCAUCCAGAUGUCUCACAAAAUACACUCACAAGGGCAGUUUUAUGAUGCAGAAUAGUGUCUACUUCUCUGCAGCUGCAAGGAAAUAGAGAAUGUUGGUGUUUUAUGAUAGCUUUCCACCUUUCUCACAUGCAGUCCUAACAACAAUCCUAUAAUGUUGGCACUAUCAGUCUUCCUAACAGCAGUCCUGUAACGUUGGCACCGUCAUGAUCCCCGUUUUGCAGAUGACAGAAUUGAAUCACUGGGGAGGAUAAUGGAUUUAACUGUGGUUACUCAGCAAGUAGAGAGCAGCGCCAGGUUCUGAACACCGGUGUUUUGUACCUGGACUCCACUUUUAACCCGUGCACUUCACUGCCACAUCUUUCCCAGGUUUCGUGGCAUCAGAGUGAACACCCGGGGAGACACGCUGGGUACAGCUGUGCAGGCUGUUGGUGGCCAAGUGGUAGCUGGAAGCCAGCCCACCCUGCUCACUGCUUGGCAGAUGUGUGUGGCUGCAUCUUCGAGCAGGGAACAGACAGACACCUUUUCCCUAUAUGCACAAGGGUACAUUUCCCUUUCUCUCAUGGCUUCUUUCCUGUUACCCUGUUCUGCCUUCUCAGGUCUCUGCUUUUCCCUAGAAAAAGGAGGAGAAAAUGCCCGAAGUCCAGCCUUCAUCCUGUUCCAUAAACAGUCAGUAUAUGUUUGAUGUGGUAGGAGAUGGUGACCUUCAAGGACGUGGCUGUGGUCUUCAGCGAGGAGGAGCUGGGGCUGCUGGACUCUGCCCAGAGGAAGCUGUACCGUGACGUGAUGCUGGAGAACUUCAGGAACCUGCUCUCUGUGGCACAUCAGCCCUUCAAACCAGACCUGAUAGCCCAGUUGGAGAGGGAAGAAAAGCUUCUGAUGGUGGAGACAGAACCCCAAAGAGAUGAAUAUCCAGGAAGCAACAUUCAACAUAAGAAGGAGUGUAUUCAAGAAGUGGGAUUAAGUUACUUUUCCCCCAAAGAGCUUUCCUCUCAUCAGACCUGGAAACAAGGUGCCGUCAAGUUAGCCAGCUGUCAAGAUUCAAUGAACAACUUUCAGGGAAAGAAUUUUCAGUUGCAGAAGCAAGGUGAUUCUCCCUACCAGAUCUGGGCAGGAAUGCCAAUCGAGAUUUCUGAAGAUGGGAACUACAAAGUGACUCAUGUAGUGGAUAAUUCCAAUUAUGUAAAAAAUCAAGAGUUUCCAUGCUUGAGAGCCCAGCACUCUUGGAGGAAAAUGUAUCUGGCUGAGCCCCAUAAUCCUCAGUGUAAAUGUCAACAAAUUUCCAUGAAAAAUAAUUUCUGUACGUGUAAGAAUAUCAGUUGGAUCUCACAUCACAAUGAUAAUCUGGGAGUACACAGAAAUGAAAGAAACUAUAAUUGCAAUGACUGUGGAGAAGAUCUCAUGGACGUAUCAUUUCUUAAUCAGAACUCAAUUCAGGCAGAGCAGAAACCCUCCCCAGGUACUGAGUAUAGAGAAGAUUUCAGUGACCACUACAGCUCUGUCGUUCAUCAGCAGCUGCACCUAGAAGGGAAACCCUGUAUAUACAGUCCAUGUGGAAGGGGCUGUAAUUAUAGGUCAGUUCUUCACAGUCAUCAAAGUGUUCAAAGAGGUGAAGAUGACAUUGAGAGUUUACAUCUGCAGUCCCAUCAGAGAACAUGUACAGAGAAAUCGUGCACAUGUGGUGAGUAUGGCAAGAACGUCAAGCAGCACUCCUCUCUGAGCUCUUAUGAACUCGCCCACACAGGAGAAAUAUCCCGGAAGUGCAAGGUUUAUGAGAAAGCCUUCAGUUGUAGCUUAGACCUUAAUAUUUUUAGGGUCCAUACUAGGGAACAAUCCUGUGAAUAUGAGGAGAAUGGGAACAUUUUUAAUCGGAAUUCAUGUCUUCAGGUUCAUCAGAAUUUCCAUACUGCAAAGAAACUAUACACCAAUGUGGAGUACGGAAAGGAUUUACUUUGUAGUUCACAUCUUAAUGGUCAGCAUAGAGUACACAUGGAAGUGAAUCCCUGUAAUUCUGAGGAGUGUGGUAAUGACUUCAGCCUGGCCUCACAUUUUCAGGACUUUCAGAUAACCCACCCCAGGGAACAACCAUAUAAACACUAUGGGUACAGUAAUAACUUUAGUCAAAAUUCAUAUAUUCAAGACCGCCAGAAGAUUCACAUUAGAGAAAAACCGUAUAAGGAGUGUGGAAAUGGCUUUGACUGGAGUUCAAAACUUAAAAAUCAUCAGAAAGUCAAUGUUGGGCAGAAGCCAUACAAAUGCAAUGUGUGUGGCAAAGGCUUCAGUCACAGAUCGGUUCUUAAUGUUCAUCAGAGAGUCCACACAGGAGAAAAACCUUAUAAAUGUGAGGAGUGUGAUAAGGGAUUCAGUCGGAGUUCAUACCUUCAAGCGCAUCAGAGAGUGCACUCUGGGGAAAAACCAUACAAAUGUGAGGAAUGUGGGAAGGGCUUCAGUCGGAAUUCCUACCUUCAAGGCCAUCAGCGUGUACACACUGGAGAGAAACCAUAUAAGUGUGAGGAGUGUGGUAAAGGUUUCAGUCGCAGUUCACACCUCCAAGGCCACCAGAGAGUUCACACUGGAGAAAAACCAUUCAAAUGUGAGGAAUGUGGGAAGGGGUUCAGUUGGAGCUUUAAUCUUCAAAUUCAUCAGCGGGUUCACACAGGAGAAAAACCUUAUAAAUGUGGAGAAUGUGGUAAAGGCUUCAGUAAAGCCUCAACUCUUCUGGCCCAUCAGAGAGUCCACACAGGUGAGAAGCCGUACCAGUGUAACGAGUGUGGUAAGAGCUUCAGUCAGAGAUCAUACCUUCAAAGUCAUCAGAGUGUCCACUCUGGAGAGAGACCAUAUAUAUGUGAGGUAUGUGGGAAGGGCUUCAGUCAGAGAGCAUAUCUGCAAGGUCAUCAGAGAGUCCACACUAGAGUGAAACCAUAUACAUGUGAGAUGUGUGGGAAGGGCUUUAGUCAGAGUUCACGCCUUGAAGCCCAUCAGAGGGUCCACACAGGAGGGAAACCAUACAAAUGUGAGAUGUGUACAAAGGGCUUUAGUGAGAGUUCACGCCUUCAAGCACAUCAGAGGAUCCAUGCAGAAGGGAGACCCUAUAAAUGUGAACAGUGUGGUAAGGGUUUCAGUGGGUACUCAAGUCUUCAGGCCCAUCACAGAGUCCACACUGGGGAGAAACCUUACAAAUGUGAGGAGUGUGGGAAGGGCUUCAGUCAGAGAUCAAACCUUCAGGCUCAUCAGAGAGUCCACACAGGGGAGAAACCCUAUAAAUGUGAUGCAUGUGGGAAGGGUUUCCGUUGGAGCUCGGGGCUUCUAAUUCACCAAAGAGUCCAUAGUGGUGAUAAAUUCUAUAAAAGUGAAGAGUAUAGUAAGGUUUAUUCUUCCUCAGAGAAUCUACACAGAAAUAAAGUUUUGUAAAAUGAUGACCUGGUCUGUUUUGAAGUCCUCCAAUGGGAGCUGAAAAUUUGCUAGAACUAGAGUUCUUUUAGUAGAAAAUAUUUUUUAAAAAUGAAAAUGUAAUGUUUCUUCCAACUUCAACAGCUGUGAUGGUUAGGAGGCCACACAACAGAGAUGUUUGAUGAGAGGGGCUCCAUAAGAGAUUUUGUCAGAACUUUAAUAAGUUACCGCACAGGAGCUAGGCCUUAUAAAUAUGAGUAUGGUCAGGAAUUUAACAAAAUUACAGUGAUAAACAUGCCUAACUCUAUAUCCAAUGGAAUGUAAGCUUGAUGAGAAAAGGGACUUUGCUCACCAUUGAAUCUAUAAAACCGUGACAUUUUGUAACUCCUAAUAGGUACUCAAUAUUUUCUCCUAAAUGACUAAAGUGUGUAAAUGUAUAAUAUUUCAAAAUUUUAUUCAGCUAAUUUCAAAACAUUUAAGAAUGGAUUUGGAGGAGAAAUUAUGCAAAUACUCUCAAUAUUACUUCAAGUAAAUAUUAUUUGAAUGUAGAGCACCUAGCAAUAUUGCAAUCUGAAGUAACAUGAAUUUGGUUGUAACCCUGUUCGAAUUGGUUCCCAUCAUUUGUCCCAUCUUAAGGAAGGAUGAGCUGAAUUUCUUAAUAUGUGGUCUCUUUCUACACAGUACACAGUCAGUUUAAGUGUGUGUGUGUGUGUGUGUGUGUGUGUCUGUACAUGUAUGCACUUUAAAUGACAAUACAAACAUUAACAGUGUUUCUGGAUGGCUGCAAAAAAUGGAAUGCUGCAUUUUACAUAAUUACAUUUUUACUCCUGCCCUCUGUAUGAAGGCAGAGUUUUACUGUAACAUUUGGAAAGUUUCAGAAGUGAUUACUAAUGACAAAUAGUUUUAAAUAAAUGUCAAAGUUAUAA